AUGUCAACAGCAUCAGACGAAGAGUUAGCUUCGAUAGCUCAAAAUAUAUCAAUAAGAGACGAUUGUGAAGAUCAAUUACCGUCCAAGGCGAUGCCGAAGAACGAUCUGGACGUGUUGACGAAUGGUUUUGAUGAUCUCUUGGGAAGUAACCAAAAUCAACCACAAGUUGACAACGAACAAGUUGAAAGGGAUGAUAUUACUCCUAAAUCUAGUUCUAGCGAGGAGAAUGGAGUCGAUGGCAACUACAAGGUGUUGGAAAAGAGGAUACAUUCGUUAUCUCACGAGGUAGCUUUACUGCUAGAUCGAAUAUAUGAAAUACAAGAAUUGCGGCAUUCCUCAAUCUCAUCCACAUCAUCCACCCCCUCAGCUCCCUCGCGCAUAGACUCCUCACUUUCUUCUCUAUCCGACUCGACCCUUCUCCUAAGACCACAGAUUACCUCAUUAGCAUCCACGAUAUCCUCAUACACUGGUCUCAGAGCCAAAGAGCUCAAAGAUGGAAUAGACGAGAUAAUGGAAGAUUGGAAGACAGUAGGAGAUCAGCAGAAAUGGUUAUUGGAAGAGAUGAAAGAGGAUGGUUGGUUGAUACGCUUCAGGACUACCGCCGACCAAGCUGAAGCUAUGAUGGAUCCUUUGCAAAAGAGUCUGAUGGAAUGUCAAGCAUAUGUCGACAGGAUUACCAACUCACCAGCGCAUAUUCCGCUAAAAGCCGAAUUUGAUGAUCAAUUAAGUAUAGAGAGGUUGCAGAAGCUUGCAAAAGGUCAUGACUCCAUGACCAGGACAUACGUCCCGAGUGUGAAUAAAAUACUUAAGAUGAUGGACAAGAGCAUCUCUGAUAGACCUAUCAAGAACGGCGAGUCGUUGAGGAGAUUCGGCGAGAUGAAUCACCGAUGGAGUUCACUACAGAAACAACUUCAACAGCUCAACGCUAAAGUACGUCUCAUCAUCUCCCAGCGUGAUGAUGAGAUGGAGUUCAAUGGAGGUGGGGACGAAGUGGAGUUAUUAGCAGAUGUCACAUCACCGUACAGCUCUGCUGGCGGCUCGAGAAGCGAUUACUUUGGGUACGGAGAUACGGUCAAGAGCAGAGAAUCCACUUCAUCGAGCUACGGAGCGUCUCGUACCAGAUAUUCGAUAUCCUCCGGUGUCUCAAAUACAUCAACGCGAUCCUCUACCCGUCAGCCACUAGCUCACACACAUACUUCACCUUCCAUCAAACAACCCGCACCUUCGACACUUUCCCCUGAUACCGCUAUGCGACCUUUACCUUUACGUCGAAGGACAUCCAUGAUGUCAAACACAUCGUCUGCGACGGCACGUAAUACCCCAGGGGAGAAACCAAGAUGGAAUUCUUCAGCAAAAGUACCAGCUGAAACUGUCCAGACACCCACCAUACCCAGACGUUCUACCGGAUUACCUAGAUCAGUCAGUCCCACACCCAGUAUGGCAUCUAUGGCAUCUACCACCAUGUCCAUGUCCCGUAGACUAAGUAGGAUACCGGUUGCUAGUCCUACAUCGAGGUUCGGUACGGGGUAUUCGUCCCCUACCGCAAGUGAAAUCUCAGUACCUGGAUUGACCGUAUCCAACUCGCAUUCCAGAACGUUAAUCGCUGAACCUUCAUCUGUCAAUCGAAGUUCCAAUCCGAAUCAGAGUCAUCUGGAAAGAGCUAGGAUGGGGUUGAAAACUCCCGAACCACCUCGGCCUCGACUGAGUUCGACAUUCUCCUCUUUCUCUAGACCGCCGACUACACCUGGUAUGGGAUCAAGAAGCUCCUCAUUCGGUACAGGCACCACUCCUCGUACGGUUCCUGCGAGGGGUAAAGGUGGACCUCCCCCUUCAUCAUUCCGGAUCACUUCGCCUACGCCAAGUGGCACUGGUGCGGCAUCGACUAGGCCUUCCUCGAGGUUGAGUAUGAUGUCAUAUAGCGGGUUCACACCUUCCCACACGAUGGAGAUGGAAGAGUUCAAACCUUCAAAAUACGAUUUAUUGGAUAUGGAAGUGUCCAAGAUCUUGAAUGAAGUGCAAUUCAACCUAUUUGUAAGUAGGCUAGACCAGCCGCUAAAGAGGGGUCAAAGGAGGAAUGAGAAUGAAGAGUGGAAAGGUGAAUACCUCUUUGGAAGGAGCGAGAAACCGUCUAGCGUGAAAUUGAUCACGAUAGCUGGGUUUAGAAAAUCGGUAAAUCCCAAUGAGAGGAGGGUGAAAUGUAUGAUUAGGGUUGGCGGACAAUGGGUGGAGCUGAAAGGUGAAUUAGAGAGGCGAAUGAGGGUGUUACGAGAUGAAGGUGGUGGAGAGCUUAUGGAUGAUGAUGAGACAUUUUGA